AUGACUACUGAAAGAGGAAGGAGUCCUAAGCUGGAAUUUGAGCUGAGUUUGUCCCCACCAACAACUGCAAACUCAUCAUUAGCCAACCCGUCAUCGGAGUUUUCUACAUCGUCAUCAUUAUGUUUGUAUUCGUCGGAUCCUGAGUCAUGCGUGUCUUCUGAGACAAAUGAAGAGAUAAGGUCCAUGCUUCUCGUAGGUUGUCUUCGAUGCCUCAUGUACGUCUUGUUUUCGAAAGAUGAUCCCAACCCCAAAUGCCCCAAGUGCAAAAGUACUGUGUUGCUUGAUUUCCUUAAUAACAAGCAAAACACCAACCAAACAACCACCAAGUUCUAG